UAAAAUGUGUUAAUAAGAAAUGGUUUUGCUGGUAAGAAGCAGAGAAAUGAUUUCUCCCUCCGGAGGUGCACAGCCAGACGGACUGACUUGGGAUUGGUCUUCUCGGAGCCGCCUGCACUGCCCCGUGGGGUCCAGGUGGCGCCGCUCCAGUCUCUGCCUCAGGCUGGGCUCGGGGAGAUGAACUCCGCCCUGGGGAGCUUCACAGGCAGACUCGGGCGGAGCCGGAGCUGGAGCCGGGAGGGGCCCCCUCCCCAGACAAACAGGAGGCCAGGCCGGGUGGACGCGGGUAUAAAUGGACCUCCCCGCCCGACUGCAUCCGUGCCAGCUGCCUCGAAGCGCAUACAUUGUCAUGGAGACCAGAGCGUUCUGCCUGCUGCUGCUGGUCAUGGCCCUGGGGUCUUCAGGCUGGGCCAACCAGUACGUGGGCCUGUCGCCCAACCAGUGCGUGGUCCCACCCAAGGAGAGGGUGGACUGCGGCUACCCUAAGGUCACCCAGGAGCAGUGCCAGAACCGGGGCUGCUGCUUCGACUCCAGCGUCCCGCAGGUGCCCUGGUGCUUCAAGCCCCUGCAGGAGACAGAAUGCACAUUUUGAAGCCCGCCCAAGACCACCCUGGACAGAGAGCCCGGCUCCCAGCGGCUGGAGGUGCACUCCUGAGUCGGGUUAAAGUCAAGGCCUUGUGUCCUGAAGAAUAAAGCCCCGUGUCAGCAUAGGACAUGUCCUCAUG